UCCCGAUCCCCUGUACAAGGCUAUCGGCUCCAUCAUAUGUUUCUACAUUCCUCUGGGUGUGAUGCUGCUGACGUAUGCACUAACUGUGCAGCUAUUGGCAAGGCAGAGGAAGGGUCUUGGCGCUGGAUGGGCUGCAGGCUGGCUCGGUGCGCCUCCAAUCGAGAGGAGAUGUACUUGGAAAAGGUUCCUUGGGCCCAGAGGUGGGACGCCGCAGCACUCAGCGGCCUCGACCGAGACUGAGCUUCCGCCAAUAGACACUAGAGACCUUUGGAUACAAGAUUCAAGUGAGCCUGCGCCGUCUGCCAUGACCGCACUGCACCAGUUCGGGGCCGAGAUGUUGCGUCUCUCGCGUGGCUUGGAAGCUUCCGCCGCGAUCAAACCACAGUACAGAGGGACUAACAUAUCAGAACGAGGCGGUAUGCUGACUCCUGGAUCCGUAAGCGUAUCAUCCAGUUCACCGUCAUCGAUGCUUCAAGACAGAAGACGACCGUCUUCAACGUGCGAUCCAAACACUCCUUUACAUAGACCGAGAAGUGCAUCAGAUGAUGAAAGCAAUGAUGGUCUUUUAGCUCCUGCUUCUUUGACUGCUAAGUCAAGAAGCUCGGAGGAUGGCUUACUGCUUCCCCCUCCGUGCACUUGUCCUUAUUUCGGUACAGACUCGACGCCACCCAGGCGGACUACAGAGGUGAUUAUAGUUCCUGGUGGAGAUAUUAACGGCUGUAAUGGAUAUCCAAGAAACGGUAAUUUGAAAAGUGAUGAACCACAAUACUUUAGACGAUCUAGUCGAGGAGCAGCAUCGAUGGUGACUUGGGAUGAAGCCAGAAGGUUUAGAAGAGGUUCUAGUUUUGGAGGUGCACGAACAACACUUUCAACGCCGGUUCGAAGCAUACGAGCACAGAGAUCGAUUUCAUCGCGCCCCCAACAGAUAGUGACACCGAGUCCCCAACGUCAAACACCUAGAACCCAUCACUCGAGGAAUUCUAGCGUGAUUUCUAGGAAUUCCUCACGUCACGGCAGAAUAUUACGAUUAGAGCAGAAAGCAACAAAAGUACUUGGCGUUGUGUUUUUUACUUUUGUCGUACUCUGGGCGCCGUUUUUCAUUUUAAAUAUGGUGCCGGCAGUAUGUCCGGAAUGCGAGAGAUGGAUUUCGCCGUGGGUGUUCGAUUUCGUGUUAUGGUUGGGGUAUGCGAGUUCGAUGGUGAAUCCGAUAUUUUAUACUAUAUUUAAUAAAGUAUUCAGACAAGCAUUUAAGAAAGUAUUGAUGUGCCAGUAUUGUAAGUCUAGGAGGUAG